AUGGCGUCGCAGGCCGUGAUCUGGUUGUGCAACGAGGCGAUGUUCUCGCUCUCCUUGAUGUCUGGGAGGGCAGUUCAGGGCCAGCCCUUCCUUUUUGUCCCCCCCCCUCAGGGCGUGGGGCGGCGCUAUGCCCACGUGGUGCUACGCAAGGCCGACAUCGACCUCACCAAGCGGGCGGGCGAGCUGACCGAGGAUGAGGUGGAGCGGGUGAUCACCAUCAUGCAGAACCCCCGGCAGUACAAGAUCCCCGACUGGUUCCUCAACAGACAGAAGGACGUGAAGGACGGGAAGUACAGCCAGGUGAGGGGGAGGGACACCCCCAUCCCGAUGUCCCCUUUGUGUCCCCUGAUG